AUGGUCAAUGUGCGGGGUGACUGGUCAAGAGAGGCCUUCCCCCGACAUCAGCCACAAUGGCACCAGCACCAAGACCGGAGUGUUGAGACGACAUAUGAUGAAGGGCGUUAUCACGAACUAAAUGAUACGCGUCGGCCACCUCUUGACAUUGAGAAGGCUCUGCGAGAACACUGCAACAUUCCUGCGCGGCACUACUUUGUGGCUGCCAUACUCGACGAUGGUUCCACGCAAACAUUCUCCGGCCCAGGUCGAAACCACCCAAGCUCUGCCAGUUCAUUCUUCGACAUGGAUCGUUUUCGACAGCAAGUGAGGAGAGCAGACGCGGGCGCCAUUGGCCCCAUGCACGAUGAUCCUGAACUGAGCUAUGCCAGUGAACAGUACAGGCAGCAAGCGCCAUUAGGAUAUGGAUCCAGCGCACCAGAGAGACGUCGACAGGGCAGCGAGGUAUUCGGUUCUGACGAUUUUUCUCAACCGCGAAAGAGGGCUAGGGCGUACCGGAGACCCAUCGAUGACGAUAGCGACAUUCCGUCUGUGACGAUGGGCCCUGUGACAAAGGGGCUAAAAAUAGGCGACACCGAUGAGGUGAGGAAGUUCUACGACCAGCGAUUCAGGAACUGCCAACAGACAGCCUGUAAGCUCAUCGCCAAAGCUUGGGUCAAAGUAGUCGAGCCCAAGAAACAGACAAACCACCCUUACACUGGACAAGAGGAGAAGGCACCGGACUGGUGGCCGAAACCCUGGGGCACGACGAAGGAAGAAAAGGUUCGGCACAAAGAGCCUGAUCAUCUUUACAAAAGAGAACGUGUUUACCUGUUGUGCCACAUUCUUCGAAUGAUAGUGGAGCCCAACGAAAAACAGCACCCAUCUAUCCAGAAGAUGAAUCUUACGGUCGAAAAACUCAAGGAAGCGACAGAGGAAGCCUUGUCCAUGUUUUUCUCUGCCAAGGAGAAUCAGAAGAACGCCAAGAAGAAGCCGUAUCUGGAUGAGAUUUUUAAGGUUGCGCUCAGCGAACAGCGGUACAAGCAUGGAGAGAUAGAUGCGGAUACACAGGUCUUCGUCAUGGCCGAAGAGCGAUUUCCAGGGGCUGGCAUGUCGGAACACGAUGACAGUGCUCCCGUCAAGGAUGAGUGCGAACCUCAGUCGGCUUCCAGCACGUCGCCUUCCAAAUCCACUGCGACCCAUGACACCCUUAUGCACGGUUCAAGUCACGACCACAGCCCUGCCGGGGGCCUUCAGGGCAGCUCGUACAUGGAUGGUCUGCCUCCUCGCGGAGGUGCGCCGUAUACGCAGCAGCUGCUUCAGCCCAGCAUGCACGCGGACCAGCACUUUGUCGAUAGCGAAAGACUUCAUUCGUCAAGCGGUAUACCGAUGCAUGAUAUCGGCCCUGGCCCUCAAGAUGGCCACCGCAGGGCUUCGCUCUACACUUCACCUACCGAAUAUGCCAACCCACAGUCUGCGGGCAUCUACAAUCAGUCGUGGCAGCCAGGGACAACAGCGCCUGGCCCGGCCUCUAUCUACCCAUUUUCGUCGACGCCUACUCCGCCCAGCCAAUUCAACAAUCAUGCUGGCGUGCCACUCGCCCAAACUCCUUUCAUUGCAGCACAAUACGACGGCCUCUCGCGGGGAAACUUUGAACAGGGUGGUAUGUUCCCAUCCGGAACAACUGCAAACCAGGGCCAUGUACAAGGCUCUCAGGGUUUCCCCACGUACACACUAGGCCAUGAUGGACGGUCCAUGUCCAAUGCCGGCGUCAAGUCUGACACGCUGCCUCGGCUCCAAUAA